AUGCAUCCCUCCACUAUCGCUGCCAUCUUGGCCUUCACGGCCGGCAUGGCUGUCAACGGCGCGCCGCUCAACCCCUCUGUUGACAUCAACCCCUCCUCCAGGCUUCUAACCAUCGAUGAUCUUCAAUACAAGCCUGAGCAGGGUGAUGCCAUUCACCAGUUGGUUGACAAGCGUGAUCCUCAGCGUGGUCGCCGCAUUGGCAAGGCCUUCGAGGGAAUUGGCGAUGCUAUUGGCGGUGCUGCCGACUUGCUUACUAUCGGCGGCGCUGUCCAGGGCCAGCCCCAGAAGCGUGAUCCUCAGCGUGGCCGUGGCCGUGUCAUCGGCAACAUCGCUGAGGGAAUUGGCGGUGCUAUUGGUGGUGCUGCCGACUUGCUUACCAUCGGCGGCGCUGUCCAGGGCCAGCCCCAGAAGAGAGGCCUUACGGUCGUGGAUGAUCUCGGUCAACCAGUAGUGGUCAGUGAACCCGCUGACUACAACCUCGCUGAGGGACAAAACGAGAAGAGAGACCCUCAGCGUGGCCGUCGCAUUGGCGGCUUUAUCAAGGGCUUUGGUGAGGGUGUUGGACCACCUCAGAAGCGCGAUCCUCAGCGCGGCCGCGGUCGUCUCAUUGGCAACAUUCUUGAGGGCGUCGGCGGUGCUGUUGGCGGUGCCAUCGAUCUAGGCACUAUCGGCGGAGCUAUCCAAGGUCAGCCCCAGAAGCGCGAUCCUCAGCGCGGCCACAAGAUUGGCAAGGUCUUUGGGGGUAUUGGUGAUGGCAUCGGUGCUGUCGCUGAUAUCAUCUCCGUUGGUGGAAUUGGCCAGGGCCAGGAGCAACCACAAGCCUAG